AUGGCUCAACCCCCUGGUUUCAUUGAUCCCACUUGUCCUUCUUAUGUUUGCAAGCUCCACAAAGCACUCUAUGGCCUCAAACAAGCACCUCGUGCUUGGUUCCAUCGCAUCAGUACUUUCCUUCUGUCUAUGGGCUUUACACGGAGCCAAGCUGACAGUUCAUUAUUUAUUUUUCAACAGGCAUCCCAUACCAUCUUUCUUCUUCUAUAUGUCGAUGACAUCGUGGUAACUGGCAAUGAUUCCACUCAUCUCCAACAAUUCAUCUCUCUUUUAGGUGGCCACUUUGACAUCAAAGACCUUGGUCCGCUCAGCUAUUUCUUAGGUUUACAGGUUCUUCAUAAGGAUGGUAAUCUCCACAUCAACCAACUCAAAUAUGCACAUGAUCUUUUACAAAAAGCCAAUCUUCUCAACUCCAAACUAGCAUCCACUCCAUUGGCUGCCAAGGUUCUCCUCUCUGUCUCUGAUGGUGCUCUCAUCUCCAACCCAACCGAGUAUCGCGAGCUUGUUGGCAGUUUACAAUACCUCACACUUACUCGCCCUGACAUAUCUUUUGCCGUCAACACUGUUGCUCAGUUCAUGAGUGCCCCUCGCACCUCUCACCUUGUUGCCGCCAAACGGAUACUUAGGUACAUCAAGGGCACUAUUGACCUCGGCCUCACCUUCACUCCUCAAACUGCCGCCGCUCGCCUCUCCGCCUACUCUGAUGCGGAUUGGGCUGGGUGCCCUAAUUCUCGUCAGUCGACCACUGGAUAUGUGAUUGCUCUUGGAACUAACCUCAUCUCAUGGUGUUCCAAGAAACAGCCCACAGUCUCGCGCUCUAGUAUAGAGUCGGAAUAUCGUGCCCUCUCUCAUGCUUGUGCCAAAACCACUUGGCUAUGCUCCCUUCUUCAUGAAUUGGGUGUGCGUCUUCGGUUCCCACUCCAACUCUUUUGUGACAAUCUCAGCACCACGUACAUGGCUGCCAAUCUAGUUUGCCAUGCCCACACACGUCACAUUGAGUUGGACUAUCACUUUGUCCGUGAAAAGGUUGCUCUUGGAAGUCAAGUUUGCUUUGUUACUUCUAUCGACCAACCUAAGGACCUGUUCACCAAAGCCCUUCACAAACCACGCCAUCAGCAUAUGUCUUCCAAACUUGUGCAUACUGUGACGCCCAGUUUGCCAGGGGGGGGGGGGGGGUGUUAA